AUGAUUAUGGCACGAUCUCAAAUCUUGACCCCAUGUCUUAAGCACAUUUUAAUACAUUUAGAACCUGAAGACGUAGCUCGUUGCGCUCAAGUGUCAAGGUUCUGGAGAGAUGCCUGUUAUUCCGAUUCUUUAUGGAGAAGAUUUUGUGAAAGAAGAUGGAAAUAUUGGAAAUCAAAACCCAAAAAAGCCGAAGGGUGGAGACAAAUAUUUAUAGCCAGGCAAACAACUGAUCGUUGGGCAUUCGAGAUUUUGGAUGAAUUGGCUGCUGGUGGUCCUUAUUAUUUAUCAAAUAUGAAAAAACUGAGGCAAUUAGGUGAUAAUUGUCGAGACAUAUUAUUAUGGGUUAUGGAUAAUCCUAAUGAAACGACUCUUACUCAUUGUUACUUUGCAAAGCGAGCUCUUCAAUUUAUUCGUAGAAGUGAAAUCAUCCAUAAAUGGAAAUCAUGGCGUAACCGAGAGAUAGAAGUUUUGAAUCUCGAAGGUUUCGCUAUGAUGGCGACAUUUUUUAACGAAAGAAUUGAUGUGGAAGAUAUAUUACGUGAAAUUGAUGAAUUAGCCAUUGAAUUUAAUGCAUUAUGUCAAAAUAAUCCACCAGAUUCACAAUUAACUAAAUUCCGUCGCCUGGCAAACUUUUUUGGUGCAAAGUAUCCUUCCACUGCUUCCGUCCUUGAAAUUGAAACUAAAUUCUUAUAUUUGGUCGCACCUCUUUUGGAAACUAAACAGAGUAAAGCUUGUGUAAUGACAGUUUUAUUUGAAGCUUUGGCUAAAAAAGUUGGAAUUGAGAAUUUGGAUAUAGUUUCAGAUCGUGAAAAAUUGACGUUUAGGAGAUACCAUUUCAUUCGUUUUAAAGAUGAAGAGAAUUCAACAUUAUAUAUGAUGAAUCAAGAUCAAGAUUCAAAAAAUAUUUAUCAUAUUGAUUUUCAAAAACAUUCAGAAACUGGUGUACUCACGGUAGAACAAUUUGAUAAACAUAGUUCAAAAUAUUAUGGAGCUUAUACACCAGAAUAUAAAUAUAUUCCUCAACAAAAAUUGUUUAGAUUAUUUUUACAAGAUUAUUGGAUUGCACUUACUUCUAUUCGUGGUUAUAAUCGUGAUAUCAUAUAUGGUACAGCUCUUCAACUUCAUUUCAUUAGAUCUCCGGAAUAUUUAGAUUGUUCACUUGGAGAUUUAUGUAAACUCAUGAAUUUUUGGUGGUCAUUUGUUGCUGCCAGAUAUAGAUAUCCAGAAGAUUAUGAAUUUGGGAGAUUAGCAUUAGUAGAAAUUGAACCUUAUUUGGUCGGUUGUACACAUGUAGAAGGAGAUAUGUGGUCAAGAUUAGCUGAAGAUGUUAGAGAAGAUAUAGAAGCAUUAGAGGAAGAUGAUAAUGCUGAUUGGGAUUAUGAAUCUGGUCAAUCUCUAAGAGGACAGUUAGGAAAAAAAGAUCCAAAAUUUUAUGUUGGUGACGUUGUAAAUUUUAAAAAAUUUCAUAGUCUUGGUGUAAUUUGUCGCUGGGAUAGAGUACAUAAUAGUGAAUUAGCCGGAAAUGUGGCCAAAUUCGUAUGGACGGAUUUGGAUUCACCUCGUAAUGAACCAUUUUACGAAGUGCUCACUCAUCGAGGAUCAUUUCUUUACUGUGGACAAAAGACUUUAAUACUAGAACCAUAUAAUUCAGAACGAUUAUUAAGAAUGGUUCCUAGCAAUGUUUACGGGGACUUUCUUGGUAAUGAGUCUGAUUGGGAACUGGCUAAAGCACUUGGUCCUGUUACCACAGAAUUGGUUGGUUGUUAUUUUGAAAGAUGGGAUCCAGAAAGUUGCAAAUAUAUUCCAAAUGAAGUCACUUUAUUUUCAGUGGACUCUUUCUGUACGUUGGUUGUUUCAUUUCUUAAUUAG